AUGGUAAACGUAGGUGAUUACGUAACAAGUCCCUAUGAAUUGAGGAUUCCAUGGGACAGCUUCCUCCUAAAGUACCAGCUCCGCUAUAACCUUUUUUUUAAAGGUUCUUUGAGGAUAAAUAACUAUGUUUCAGGGAAAUCUGAAGAAAACAAAGAUAAAAAAGUAUCAGAUGACGAUGAACUGAAGUAUAUUGAAACUGAGGAUGCCGGUACCUUUACAUGGUGCCUGAGAAACUGUAAGAGGAUUUGUGAGACUUCAGAAAACCUUUCACCAGCUUCACUAAUGAACCAGAUCCUGACGCUGUUGAAAGAAGAUAACUCAGAGAUCAUUGCAUCUGUUUUGUGUGAUACUUUGGGCUUCAAUAACCUCAACUUCAUCUCAAAGCUCAUAACAUUUCGCCAAAAUUUAACCAGGCAGUGGCAAUCAAUGUUGGAUAAACUCUGCACAAAAAUUCGUUAUAAUAAAUUAGACGAUGCUAAUUAUGAAAGACUUAAUAGAUUAGUGCUACAGAAAACUGGAAGAGACCUUAGAAGCCAAAAGAAAAGACUCGAAAUUCUACUGUACCAAAUACCUCCCCAGGACCUGUUUUGCCUAAUUGGCCUUGAUUUCAAGUCAGAAAAGAAGUUUAACACUGCAGUGACAUUUCCAAAACAACUAAGCCUAAACUUAAUUAAGGAAGAUAAUGAAAUUUACGAAAAACUUGUCAUACCACCCUCUGAAAAUAGAAUUGUCCCGAGUGAAGAUGAGUUGAUACCUAUUUCAACAUUACCAGAAUGGGUUCAAAGGGCUUUUAUUGGUGUUGAAAAACUAAAUUUGAUCCAGUCUAAAGUAUUUAACUCUGCAUUCAACACACAACAAAAUCUGUUAAUAUCUGCACCAACUGGUUGUGGAAAGACAAACGUGGGACUUUUAUGCCUGUUACAAAACUAUCGCGAAUAUUUCGAACAGGGAAAGAAGUGCGGUAAAGUUAUAUACAUUUCACCCAUGAAAGCCCUGGCCUCAGAAAUUGUUGAAAAGUACUCAAAAUCUCUUGCACAUUCAGGGCUUGUGGUGAGGGAAGUUACAGGUGAUUUUCAAGUUCCAAAGAGUGAAUUGGAGGAAAUCGACAUUUUGGUAACAACACCUGAAAAAUGUGAUGUCGUCACGAGAAACUCAUUUUCCACCGCCACUCAGUCUGAUGACUCAUUUCUCACCAGAGUUAACCUCAUUAUUUUCGAUGAAAUUCAUCUCCUAAAUGAUGAAAGAGGGCCAGUUAUUGAAACCAUAGCAGCUAGAUUUUUCAGAUUAAUUGAGUGGACUCAGGUGACUAGAAGAGUUGUUGGAAUGUCCGCCACAUUACCAAACUACGAAGAUAUCGCAACUUUUUUGAGAGUGCCUCCAGAACAUACUUACUACUUUGGUCGAGAAUACAGACAUGUUCCUCUUCAGCAAAUUUUUUAUGGAAUAAAGAAUGAUGACAUUUAUAAGAAUAAUAUGUUAAUGAUAUGUUUUGAUCAUAUAGUUGAGACACUUGAGAGCGGUAAACAGUGUAUGGUAUUUGUUCACUCAAGGAAUGAAACGUUUACAACCGCAUCUAGAAUUGUGGAAUUGGUGAACAAAAGUGAAAAAUCUGAGCUGUUUGAACCAGACUUGUCCCAAGUUAAAAGAUUUUCAGCCCAAUUAAUGAGAAGAAAUAACCUUAAACUAUUGUCAGAUUACUCAAUAUCAAUACAUCAUGCAGGUCUAAGUAAAUCUGACAGAGAUUUAGUGGAAGAAAUGUUUAAAAGUGGAUUGAUAAAAGUGUUGGUGUGUACAUCUACACUUGCCUGGGGAGUUAAUUUGCCAGCCCACUCGGUGAUAAUCAAGGGCACGUUUAUUGGAGGAGUUGGAGUUGAUAGAAAUAUUAAUAAUUUGGAACUGAACCAGAUAAUGGGAAGGGCAGGAAGGCCUCAGUUUGACGUUGAAGGGAAGGGUAUUUUAUUAACUGAUCACAAAAAUUUGUAUAAUUACGUUAGAAUGCAAACUGAAAGAGUGCCAAUAGAAUCCCAGUUACACAUGCACUUGGAGAAUUUCCUAAACGCAGAGAUUGCAAUAGGCUCAAUCAAUAAUGACACUGAUGCUCUGUUAUGGUUACAAUACACAUAUCUAUUCGUUAGAAUGGUUAAAAAUCCUUUGUUCUAUGGGAUCAACGGUGACGAUGAUGACACACUUCUCAAGUAUAGGCAUGAAAUAAUAAAAAAUGCCGCUAAAAAUUUGAAUAAGUCUAAGCUGAUCAGGUACUCAUCAAAAACAGGCGACUUUUCUUCCACCGAUUUAGGCAGAAUAGCUGCCAGAUAUUAUGUAGACUACGAAACUACGCAUAACUUCGCGUCCUCAAUAAACCCUCUUUUGUAUUACCAGGACGGAAUUAUGAUGGAUAGAUACGCAAAUAGUAGAGCUGACUUAAUUAACCACGAAUUUAUACUCGAUAAGCUCAGCGAAUGCAGAGAGUUUGAGUCAAUAUUAUAUAGAAAUGAAGAAUACGAUGAGUUGUUGGAUUUGAUGAAUUCACAUCUGGUUAUAUAUAAGCCCAAGGGUGGAAUAAACCAUAUUAAGAACAAGGUUAGUGUUCUGAUCCAAGCGUACAUUGCCAAAUUAUUCAUCAAAACAUCAAGCCUAGCCAUGGAUUUGAACUUCAUUGUUCAAAAUGUUCCAAGGCUUGCCAGAGCCUACUUUGAAAUUUCAAUGUGUGAAACUGUUUGCGGACCACCAGUUGAACAGAUACACGACUGGGUUAUAAUACUUGAGAGACAGAUUUUUAAUAGGAACAUCCUGUCAAAUUUCACCUCUCCCAUGAAUAACACCACACCCUCAAAGGACUUAGUACUACUUUCGCCCUCAGUAGUUGACAGAUUCACACGAUUUAAACUUGAGGAUAUUGUCAACUUCAGUUACCAAGAAGUUUUGGACAUUGUAAGAUCAAAACAAGAAGCUUUAACGAUUUACAAGUAUAUCAAGUACAUUCCAUACCCUGAGGUUAAACUAUAUAAUCAGCCCAUAACUGACAAGAUUACCAAGUUGACCGUCUCAGUUGAGAUUAAAAACGAGUGGAGUAAGAGGUGGAAUGGUUCCAAUGAGUCCUUUUAUGUUUGGGUUUGCACAAGUUCUCGACUACUUUCACACUCUCAGGUAAAUUUUACCUCCAAGGGUGUCCAGUUCGUUGAGUUUUUUGUACCCAUUCAUAAUAGAAAUGAGCCGUUUUGUGUCAAAAUAUUCUCAAGUAAUUGGCUCGGAUUAAGUUUUGAAAUUUCAACAAAGCUUCAAACUACCGGUGAGGGAUUCAACUCGGCUGAUAAGUAUACUCGACUUCUGAAACUUAACCCAUUACCUACAAGUGUGUUAAACCAGUACAAUGUGUACAAAUUCCCCUAUUUUAAUCCACUUCAAACUCAGGUUUUCCACAAGGCUUUCAGGACUGAUGAGAGUCUUGUUGUUGCCGCACCCACUGGAUCAGGGAAAACACUUGUCGCAGAACUAGGUCUGUUCAGACUAUUUGACAAACAUCCAGACAAAAUAGCAGUUUACAUUGCUCCUCUCAAAGCUCUUGCACAUGAAAGGUUUAAGGACUGGUGUAAGAAGUUACACUUUAAAAAAAUACUCCAACUCACUGGGGAUACAUCUUCUAAUAAUCUGGACAACCAACUUUACAAAUUCGAGAGAGAUGAAUUGGAUAGAUAUGAUAUCGUGAUAACAACUCCCGAGAAAUGGGAUGGUAUUUCAAGGCACUGGAGGAGGAAGAAACUUGUUACUAAAGUUGCCCUAAUUAUUCUCGACGAAUUACAUCUAUUAGGUGAAUCUAGAGGCGCAAUUAUAGAAUCCAUAAUAUCAAGACAAUAUACCAUUAAUCAUUCUACAGGAGCUCAAGUUAGGUAUAUUUGUUUGAGUACUUCAUUGUCUAAUUUAAAUGAGAUUUCCGAGUGGAUUGGCAUACCAAAUGUUUAUAACUUUUCACCUGCUGUUAGGCCUGUUAAGUGUAAUCUAUAUAUCGAUGGCUUUUCCAUAAAGGCAUACUGCCCUAGAAUGAAUUCUAUGAAUAAACCUUGUUUUGAUACCAUUAUAAAACAUGAUCACAGUUCAAAUGUUCUUAUAUUUGUUUCAUCGAGGAGACAAACUAGGAUGACUGCACAGGAUCUCGUUGGGUUACUUCAAUUCCAUAACAUUUCUUUCUCCAAUUCUUGUGAUAAUUACUUUUUCGAUGACGAAUGGUUAAACACUUUUGUUCCUCAUGGUAUAGGAAUACAUCAUGCAGGAUUGAGUACUAAGGAUAGAGAACUGGUCCAGGACUUGUUUUUAAAUGGUAAACUCAAAGUAUUAAUUGCAACAUCUACGCUUGCCUGGGGAGUUAACUUACCGGCAAAAAUAGUGAUAAUCAAAGGUACUGAAUUUUAUGACGGUAGAGUUAAAAAAUAUAUUGAUUAUUCUGCAACUGAUAUAAUACAAAUGGUUGGAAGAGCUGGAAGGAAUAUUUACGACGGUGAAGCUUAUGCUUAUGUGUUUACUGAGACUAGAAAAGUGGGUUUUUAUAAGGCAUUUAUGUUCACUCCUUUCCCAACUGAAUCUUUUUUUCUGGAGAAAAUCAACGAUUGCUUAAAUUCCGAAAUUGCCACUGGUUCAGUUACAACCAAAAAAAGUGCUCUUGAAUAUCUUUCUCGCACUUUUCUCUACAAAAGACUCAAAUCAAAUCCCAAAUAUUACACACAAGCACCUAACAUGUUGUAUGAAGAUAAAGGAGAUGUAUUGAAUGAUGGUACUAAUUUAUUGAAUGUUGUCAAGUUGAAUUGUGUUGACGGGAGUAAGUUAGAAGACAUUUGUGAAGCAAUAGUUAAUAAUUCAAUUUCAAGUUUGGUUAAAUUGGGUUGUAUUGCCCUCGAGUAUCCUGAGGAUGAACUCAAAAUAAUCGAACAUGGACUUUUAGUUCCAACAUUAAAUGGGAUUUUGGCCUCUCAAUACUACGUAAACUGCAAGACUAUCCAUGAGUUUUCUAGUAUUGACUUUUCAGAGAAUCUCGGCUUCUAUGAAAUUGCUAGAACACUUUCCAACGCUACUGAGUUUAACUUGGUUCCUCUGAGACAUAAUGAAGACGUAUAUAAUGUACAACUUUCUAACUUGUGUCCUAGUAAAAUAACUGAAUCUGAGGCUUCGGACCCUAAUGCAAAGACUUUUUUACUAUUCCAAGCUAGACUGUUCAAUUUGAAAUUACCAGUGUUCGAUUAUAAUAAUGAUACGAAAUCAAUAUUAGAUCAGUUACCAAGAAUCAUACAGGUUAGUUUAAUUGAAAUAAUCAAAUUUCAGUGUUUACUUGACGUCUUUAUUAUUAAUCGGAAUUUUAAAAAUGUCGAAUAUUUACUAUUAUUAUAUAAGUGCCUUCACUUGGGUUUAAACCCUUUAAAUUUACAACUGGUAUUUGAAGUCAACUAUGAAAUUAGUGUAAAGGUUAAUGGUAUUUCCAAACCUAAAGGAGGGAAGUAUACCAUAUCCAGUGAUGUUGUUAAUUUGGCCGUUAUGUUAGAUGAAAUCAAUCACACUACUGAGUUUCAUUAUUUAUUUCUUGUAAAUCAAUCAACUAAUGUUAUUUAUGGCUAUAAAAAGGUUUAUAAACAGUCGACUCACUCUUUCAAGUAUGUUUUAAUAAUUUUUUAUCUUCUCAGAUUACGUAUUGACAUUGGUAGUAAUCUAACUCUGCUUUUAAUUUUAUCAUGUCCAACUCUUUUAUCAUAUGAUCAACAAAUCAUUUUACACAUUAACAAUAAAUCCAAAUAA